AUGGCGCCGCGCCUGCUCCUGCCUCCUUGUUGCUUUUCCCGUUUCCUUCGGCGGCGGCGGCGAGCGAGCGAGCGAGACACGGGAUUCGAGAACGCCGCACGUCAUCCUCGGGACGCUCGGCUCGCCUCGCCUAGGCUCGACUUGGCCCGGCCCUGCCCGGCGGAGCCAUCGCCGCCGCCACGGAGCGGAGCGGGGCCGGCGGCCGAAGAGCCUCGCCGGGAAGGCAGCCGCUGGCGUUGCGCGCCCCGGGGUUUGCGCGCCCCGCGCCUCGCAGCGCCCCGCAGAAGAAGAGCCCUGUUGCUCAAGGGCUUACCUGCAACAAGCACUGUUGAAGAAAAUGCAGCAGCUGGUGUUUCAGUUUAUACCUUUAAUGUAACUGUUUCUCCAUUGUCUUCUGAAGGUGUUGCAAUACUUCCUACGAUAAUAAAUUCAAACCCACUUACAGAGGCUUUUGAGAUUAAAUCAAAGGGAGAUCUCGAGUACAGGGUUGUUACUACUGGAAACCCUGUCAUAGAUUAUGAAACUAUGCCAAAGAGCUUUGAUUUACAGAUUUUUGUUGAAGACACAACUGGGAGAACUGACCUUAAAGUACUGACUGUCCGAGUAACAGAUAAAAAUGAAUGUCCUGUAUUUCGAGGAAAUAUGGCAAUUCAAACCGUAACGAUCUAUGUCUUGGAAGGAACACCUCCAGAAUGCAUUUACCAAGUUGAUGCAGCUGAUCCUGAAAAUGCUGAACUCAAAUAUUCACUGCUUCCUGCAUCAGUGCCAUUCUUGGUCUUGAAAAGCGGAGCCAUUUUUUCCACAAAAAAGUUUGAUUAUGAGAAAGAUCCACAUUGUUAUUUUUUAAAUAUAACAGUGACAGAUCCAGAAGGACUCAACUCGACUAAAACACUGAAUAUAAAUAUAAUUAACAUCAAUGAUGAAAGACCUUACUUUACCACAAAGCAAAGAAUCUACAGGAUUCCAGAGGAGCAAACCCUGGGCACCGUUGUUGCCAAUAUGACAGCUAAAGAUCCUGAUGAUGAAGACUCUCCCAGCAGACUUUUAUACAGCAUCCAGUCUUCUGACAGAUAUUUCUCCAUAAAUCCAUCAACCGGAGUGCUGCAGGUGACUGGGAGAAUUGACCGAGAUGCCCUUCCACUGCGGCUCCAUCCUAACAUUUCAGUGAUAGUCCGCGUAGAGGAAAGUCCCAGCAGCGAUCAUGCCAGCGAAAUGGAGAUCACAAUCAUUAUUGAUGAUAUCAAUGACAACCCACCAGAAUGCAAUCCUUCUACCUUCAGGAAAGAGGCAAAUGAAAAUAUGAGUGCUGGGACAUUUCUUCUUGAUCUUAGAAAUUACUGUAAGGAUAUCGAUGUUGAUCCAUCAAACAAUCGAUUUAAUUUCACUGGAUUAUCUGGUUUUGGAAGCAAUAACUUUGCUUUGGAGUCGACCCUGUCUGGAAGACUUGUGAACCCCCACCAGUUGUUGCUCAUGUGCAAUGGUGGUUGGUUUGUUGCUUUAAAAAGAACUGUGGACAAAUACAGAAAACAGGGAAACAUAACAAAAAAUAGACAUUCUAUGACUGAAAGUAUUGAUUUAGAAAACCCAGCUCAUCCAGGAGUUGAAGUUUAUUCUUUGACUGUUAGAGUGCAAGAUAUUGCCUGUCCUAGCUACUCAAAUAUCAUCUACAUUUACAUCAGGAUAAAGCCAGUGAAUGAAUUUUUUCCAGUCUUCAGUAAUUUAUCAUAUGAAUUUAAUGUCCCAGAAAUUCUUAAAGUCGGAUCCAGCAUUGGAAGAGUGAGUGCCAGAGACAAGGACUGGCCGCCCAGUGUCAUCACUUAUUCCAUUGUAGCUGGAGGAGGCACCAGGGAUUAUACAAAUAUCUUCUGGAUCAGCCCAACCAAAGGAGAUGUGAAGAUUUUAGCUCGAUUAGACUAUGAAACAACUCAGAAACACAUUUUUGCAGUGCAGGCCUCAGACCAAGAGAAGACUGCAACAACAUCUGUAACUGUCAAUGUUUUGGAAGUAAAUGAUGAAGAACCAGUUUGUUCACCCAAUUUCUAUUCGUUUCAAAUCCCAGUCAGCUUAGCUGUUGGGACCAAUGUUAAUGGCUUCAGGAUUGAAUGUCAAGAUCGUGAUUCUGAUCCCAGGUCUUUCCGUUACUUCAUUAAUGAAGGCAAUGUGAACAAUCAUUUCACCUUUUCACCAAGUGCCGGCUCCAACACAUCUCGGCUGAUUCUUGCAUCGAGGUUUGACUAUGAAAGUGGACUUGAUACAAACUGGAUUUACAGACUGCGUGUCUAUAUAACAGAUGACAAUUUACUAUCUGCCAGGGACAAAGCUAUACACCUAAUUAAAACUGGAACAUUGACUUUAAGCAUCAGAGUUAUCCCAAACCCAACUACUGUCGUUCCAACAACACCUGGCUUCACUGUUGUGAUGAAAAGAGAAAACCUCUACUCUGACUCGGCGUGGUACGUGCCGUUUGUCGUCACCCUUGGCAGUUUGCUGCUCCUCGGACUGCUGGGCUACCUGGGCUUCCUGCUGGCGACGUGGGUCCGCACCAGCUGCCCACUGGCAGGCAAAGCAGACGGUGCACCUCUGAUAAAUGCUCCAGAAAAGAAGAAACCUAAGAAAGAAGUGGUUGUGACAAUGGCAAAGCUAAACACUGUCUUUGAUGGAGAAGCCAGAGACCCAGUCACUGGCAAAAUGUAUGAAUUCAACUCACGUUCAGGAGCCAGGAGGUGGAAGAAGAGUGGUGAGCCCCUUCAGCCAGCACCGUCUGUGCAGGUAACAUCCAGUACCACAGACAAUGGUGGCCAAAGGACAGACAGAGCAGAGGCGCCAAGCAAAAAAGAGCGUUCAGAGAAGAGGAAAGAGCCGUCAGCAGGGACAAAACCCGCUGCCAAGCCCUGGGCAAGGCAAUCAGAAACACCAGAACAGGAUGGGCUGAGGUUACAAAAGCAGAAAGAAGAGUCUGAGGAGAGAGGAUUGUCCUCACCAGCCCCCCAAAGCAGAUACUGACCUUCUCUCACAUUAAGCCAGCCUUAAAGCAAGGUGCACAAGUAUCCAAGGCACCGCCCAAGUGACCACUGCUCCAAACAGCCAAAGAAUUAACAGAUGCUGACAUAUGUGUUUUUCACUAUACAUAUCACAGCUGAAAACAUAAGGUGCCCACUGCUGUGUAAACUGGACCCAAAGGCAGGAUGAAGCUGGACUUACCUUUGGCAGGUGCAGGUAAGAGUGGAGGAGAAGGGGAGGAUGUGAAAGGGGGGGAAGAGGAAAUAAAAGCAGAUUCCCAGAUAGAAGCAUCUGCUGCCCACUGGCCCUGGGCUACAGCUGCUGGCAGUCUCCUCCUGGAAGAGCUCUGCACCUCCAGAUUGGCAUGGCCAUAUCCUCUGAGCACAUUUGGGGAGGGCAGCAUACACAUGGACAUGCUUUCUCACUGGUGAAUGGGGUCUCCUCUCCCUGCUGAGCAGCAGAAUGGGUGAAAAGCACAUUAAGGUUGAAAAGCUUGCUGGUAACAGCUGAAAAUAGUUUCUUUUCAUUCAGUACUUUAUUUCACUGCUUCCUUACCCUCCCAUCUUGCUGUAGAAAAGACCAUGGCUUGAAAGCAGUUUUGGAGUGGAGAAAACCCACAGUUUGUUACGGUAUUUCAGGCUGUCAGGUCAACACUAUCAGCUUAUUUAUCUUUUGUAGCAUUAGGCACAUUCAAUAUCUCCACCUUUGGUAUUUCCUCUGGUGUAUUUAAUGUUUUACAGAAUCAAGUGCAACACACACAAAAGAAUAAUGACAAUAAACACAUGGGUGAAUCUUUCCUGAGUGUGGGCAUGUAUAACGUAAGUGAUGUCUAAGAACCAGAUAUAAAACAUGCAAACCCUACAAGAUUUCAGAAAAUCAUUUUAAUCUGAAGAAAUUUAUUUAUAAAUGAUGA